ACCGUCAUUUCUGGCUAUGCCUAUUAGUCGUUAUUAUGGAAAAUGGCUAGUAUUUUUCACAUAUAAAAUGAAAUACCGACAGGAGGAAUCGUCAAUUUCGUUUAGUUGCCGAUACCUGUAAGUUGUCUUUGAUAGUUAAGUAUAUUUUUUUAAAGGGAAAAUAAAAUAAUCAUAAGUAAAAUAUAUACAAAGAAUCAAAAUUAUGGAGCACACGGAAUUUCGAGUAAAAGCGAAGGAGAUGGUGGACUACAUAGCGGACUACCUGGAGGGCGUGGGCGCGCGGCGCGUGUACCCGGCCGUGCAGCCGGGCUACCUGCACGCGCUGCUCCCGCGCGCCGCGCCCGCGCAGCCCGAGCCCUGGGAGCGCAUCAUGCGGGACGUGGACGACGUCAUCAUGCCCGGGCUGGUGCACUGGCAGAGUCCUCACAUGCACGCGUACUUCGGCACGCCCACGUCGUACCCCUCCAUCAUGGGGGACUUCCUGUCCAGUGCUCUGAAUGUGCUGUGCUUCUCUUGGGCAUCAUCACCGGCAGGCACGGAGCUGGAGACAAUAGCUCUGAACUGGGUGGGCAAGGCCAUCGGUAUGCCCGACUGCUUCCUCAACGAGAAGACGGGCAGUCUUGGAGGUGGAGUCAUACAGACCACAGCCAGCGAAGCAACCCUAGUCAGUCUGCUAGCAGCCCGCACCAGGACCCUGGCGGCUCUCUGCAAGCUGGAGCCUCAGGUGGAACCGACCACGUUCCUGGGACAGCUGGUGGGCUACUGCUCCGACCAGGCGCAUUCCUCGGUGGAGAAGGCUGGGCUUAUUGGGAUGGUGCACAUGAGGUACAUAGAGUCCGACUACAAACAGAGCAUGCGGGGGGACAAACUGGAGGAAGCCAUCAUCAGUGAUAAAGCCCAAGGAAUGAUCCCGUUUUGGGUGUGUGCCACCCUGGGCACGACGGGCACGGUGGCAUUCGACGAGCUACGGGAGGUGGGCAACGUGUGUCAGAAGUACGGGUCUUGGCUGCAUGUGGACGCGGCAUAUGCGGGCAACGCUUUCAUAUGUCCGGAGUAUCGGCAUUGGCUGGAUGGAGUGGAGUUAGCAGAUUCAUUUGCGUUUGCUCCCUCGAAGUGGUUCAUGGUGACCUUUGACUGCACAGCCAUGUGGGUCAAAGACACCGCCGGUCUACAGAGGAGCUUCAAUGUGAACCCUCUUUAUCUAAGACAUGAGAAUGAAGGGAAGGCUAUUGACUACAUGCACUGGCAAAUACCCCUGAGUCGUCGCUUCAGAGCGCUGAAGCUGUGGUUCGUGCUGAGAAACUUCGGUAUUUCUGGAAUACAGGACCAUAUUCGAACGUGCAUUCAGCGUGCCCAAGAGUUUGAAAGCCUCGUUCUAUCAGACAACAAAUUCGAGGUCCCUCAAUCCAGGGUCUUAAGUCUAGUAGUAUUCCGUCUGAAGGGAGACAACAGCCACUCGGAGCGCCUGCUGAAGGUCAUCAACUCGCGCGGCAAGAUCCACGUGGUGCCGUCCAGCUUCAAGAACAAAUACGUCAUCAGGUUCUGUGUCAUCUCGCCGAAGACCACGAGCCAGGAUAUCUUGGAUGCCUGGAACGAGAUAAAACUCUGCGCGCAAGACAUCAUAAUAGACAAAAUAGGCGCAGACAACAGCAAUAUUGACCGGCGAAAAAUCCAUAGAGGCUCCCUUCCUAUCAUCACUGAGCUUUACAGUCUACAGAAGUUCACGUUUUAACCCUUAAAUCUCAAAUUAUUUAAUAGGUUUGCGGCCUUUAGGGGUUCAAAAUAAGGUGGGAUCCAUCAUUAUCCUAGCCUAUGGCCGAUUGCGGGUUAAAAACGUCUAGUGGUAGACUUUUAUUGGUAGACUUUAUUUGUAUCUCACAUGACCAAUUUUCAGCCGCACGACUUUUGUGCAAAAUUAUAAGCAAAAUUUACACUAUUAUUUUUGACAUGGCGUGAGGCUUAGAAUUUACUACCGUGAUGGUUGCUGAAUAUUUCUAAGGGAUGCGAUGUAUUUUUGGUAGAAUAAACUUUGUAAGUACGUUAUAAUUAUACCUACCUAUCUAUUAGUAUUUUUCGAAUAGG